CUAGUAGAACGUAGAACCAUGUAGAACUUCUACUAGUCUUAUCAUAGGUUUACAUUACGGCACUUUACGCAAAUUGUUGUGUCAUCACCAGCACCGAACUGUGUUAUUUAUUUCAUUGGAAAAGUAUACCUCACUACUACGAUAAUCUACAAUCGACAACUAAUUCAUCAAUGAAGAGGAAUAGUAUAUAAACGAAUGAAAAAUGCUUGAACUUGUAUCUUCAUAUGUGGACGCUGCGUGGCAGACUUUGGCUACUUUUGGCUGGUAUUUAGUCGCAAUUGGAGUUGUUUUGCUGUACCUCUCACCGCAAAUCAAACAGAGGUAUUCCAUAUGGAUCCGUAAAAGGGAGGAAGCAGAAUAUUCGGCUAAGUAUCACAAAAAUGUCGAUCUAUGUCAAGAAAGACUUGCAGGAGUUGAGGCUGCCCGGCAGCGCAUGCAAGAAAAAUAUGCAGAGGCGGCUAAGUUAGCACAGCAGAAAGAACAAGAGCGUAUUGAGAAAAAAAAGCAAGAGUUAUUGGACCUUGUCGAAGGGAAGAAUGUUGGUCAGAAAUUGGGUAGAGCUAAAAGUGAAGCUUCAACUUCGAAUUCCACCAAGCAAGGAUACAAUCCACUGAUGGGGGAUUCUAGUCGCGGGUACCGGGCACCUAAAAGGAGCUGCUGCGGAAAAGGCGGUUGUGGUUAAUUAUUCGAACUUUAUAGGACAAAAAUUUGCACCAUACGAACCAAUUUUGCAUCUUAUCGUGGAUACAAGACUCUUCGGCGCAUUUGUAAUUUCAUUUGCCAUGAAAUGAAAUUACAUACAAUAUUUAUUAUAUGCAUAGAUCUAAGUCUCGGACUUUGGGACUAAUUGUAAUAAUAUUCUCAUGUUAAUUUGAAUAAAGAAUUUUAUAAAUAGUA